AUGGAGGAAAAAUUUGAUGGCGAUGGGAUUACAAAACGUUCAAAUGAUAGAAUUAACAAUUUCAAUUCUAGUGAACAGAUGCUAAAAGAUGUUGAAAGUGCUAGUUCGAUUUCUCCUUUCGUAUUCUUUACGGCCUUUACUGUAGCUGUCGGUGGAUUUAUGUUUGGAUACGAUACCGGAAUCAUUAGUAGCGCCAUGUUGCUCUUGGAGAAAGAUUUUCCUAUGACUUCUGUUACUAAAGGACUUGUUGUUGGAGCCACAACAUUUGGUGCAAUUUUUAGUAGCAUUUUUGCUGGUGCUUUAUCUGACAUUGCCGGAAGACGCAUAACAACAAUGGUUGCUGCAACGUUGUUUGUUUGUGGUGCAUUAGUAUUAUCAUUAGCGCCUUCAUAUUCGUCUUUAUUGAUAGGGAGGUUAAUAGUUGGUAUUGCCGUUGGUUUGGCUUCAAUGGUAGUUCCAAUUUAUAUAAGUGAAAUUUCUCCAAGAUUUUAUCGAGGUCGAUUAGUUACGAUAAAUGUUUUGAUGUGCACUGGUGGUCAAUUAAUUUCCUAUUUGAUUGCUACUGCAUUUAUAUUUCAACAUGGUUGGCGAUGGAUGUUUGGUGUUUCAGUAAUUCCUCCAUUUUUACAACUUUUAUUUAUGCCAAUUGUUCCUGAAAGUCCAAGAUUCCUUGUGAGAAAAGGCAGAACUGAAGAAGCAAAAAAAGUUUUAGCAAAGAUAUAUCCUGGCGCUCCUCGUGAAUUUUUAAAUGAUGAAAUUGAUGUAAUCUAUGAGACAAUUGCUCAAGAUGCCACAGGAUCUUAUAAACAAUUAUUUUUUUACCCGAAUUUAAGACCGCUUAUUAUUGCUUGUGGACUUCAGCUAUUCCAACAGUUUUCAGGUUUCGAUACGGCUAUGUACUACGGUGCCACUAUAAUGAAAAUGGCUGGAUUUACCGAUAUCAGAGAUGCCAUAAUAUUUUCUAUCCUUGUAUCUGCAACUAAUUUUGCCAUGACAGUUGUUGCUCUAUACUUAAUUGAUCGUGUUGGUAGACGUCGUAUACUUUUAUAUACUUUGUUUGGAACCGUAGUUGGUUUAGUUCUUCUUGGUAUAGGUUUCAUUUUCGUAACCGGUUUAGUUCCAAAACAAGAUACUUGUGCUGAUUAUGGAACAAGAUGUGGUGCUUGUUUGAUUGAUGAUAGAUGUGGAUUUAGUAAAUUAAAAGAUGUUUGUGUGGACAAAACACUUUCUUCAGAUCAAUUAUACGAUUCUUGUCCUUCAACAAGUAUUAGAGGAAAUUGGUUUACAUUGUCGUCAUUGGUUGUUUUUGUAGCAGCAUAUGCAUUAGGAAUUGGUCAUGCUCCAUGGACAAUACAAAGUGAAAUAUUUCCUUUAAAUGUACGCGGUCGAGCCAACGGAAUUGCUACAGCAACAAAUUGGUGUGUAAAUUUAGUGGUUGCGAUCACUUUCUUACCAUUAACGGAAUUAAUAACAGUAUCAGCAACUUUUUGGAUGUAUGGUGUAUUUAUGAUUUUUGGUUGGUUAUUUGUUUAUUUAAUGGUUCCCGAAACAACGGGAAAGUCACUUGAAGAAAUUCAAGAACUAUUUUUAUAA